AUGCCGAACAAUACUUUUACAUUGGCCGAAGGCCAGCCAAUUGCAGACCCAUCCAUGAGCACCACGUUGCCUACUUUUGGCGGCGGCGGUCUCACGACGCUGGGCGAUACGCUUCUCAUCGAGACGCUUUCCCACUUCAAUCGCGAACGAAUCCCUGAAAGAGUUGUCCACGCGAAAGCUGCAGGUGCUUGGGGAGAAUUUGAGGUCACAAAUGACAUUUCUUUCCUCACGUCGGCCAAGUUCCUCAAUGGUGUUGGAAAGAAAACUCCUAUUUUAUUCCGUCUGAGCACUACUGGCGGUGAAAAGGGCAGUGCAGACACUGUCCGCGAUGUGCGAGGCUUUUCUGUAAAGUUCUUCACCGAGGAAGGUAAUCAUGAUAUUGUCGGGAACCACAUUCCAGUGUUUUUUGUUCGUGAUCCUAUCAGGUUUCCUUCUCUUAACAGAAGCCAUAAAAGAAAUCCUGCCACUAAUCGGCCUGAUUGGACCAUGUUCUGGGAUUUCCACACGAAUCAACAGGAAAGUGUUCAUGCUUUGAUGCACCUUUUUGGAACUCGCGGUAUUCCUGAUUCCAUCCGUCGAGUGACAGGUUUCGGUGUGCAUACCUUCAAGAUGGUGUCGGCUGAUGGUGGCUUCCGUUACUGCAAGUUCCACUUCCGGCCGACCCAGAGUAUCACACACUUCACUGGCCAAGAAGCUACUCGCAUGGCUGGCGCAAACGCUGACUUCCACAAUCAGGAUUUGUGGGAUGCUAUUGCUCGGGGAGACUUCCCUGUCUGGAAACUUUAUGUGCAGGUCAUGGAGCCCGAGCAAGCUGAGACUUACGGCCGUGCUUUGUUUGACAUCACCAAAGUUUGGCCGCACAAGGACUUCCCCUUGAUCGAAUUUGGACAGAUGACUCUCAACAAGAAUCCCGAGAACUAUUUUGCUGAGAUUGAACAAGCGGCAUUUUCGCCUUCUAACAUGGUUCCAGGGAUUGCAAUGACGCCUGAUCCUAUGUUGCAGGCACGCAUGUUCGCUUACCCUGACGCUCAGCGAUACCGCCUAGGAGUGAACUACGCUCAGCUUCCUUCAAACCGGGCAAUCUGCCCCGUAUAUGCGCCAUUCGAGCGCGAUGGCAUGGGAACUAUGACCAGAAACUAUGGUGGUGACCCGAACUAUGUACGGAGCUCACUGGGCACUGGUGUUCCUAGCCAGGUUGUUUCCAACGUACGACACACGGAGCGCAUCUUGCGUAACGCUGUUCUCGGGCAGAAUGAGAUUGUAGUUGAUGAUGAGGAUUUUGUUCAGCCCCGAGAGCUGUGGAACAGGGUCUUUGAUGAGACUGAGAGACGGCAGUGGGUGUCAAAUGUGUCAGAGACUUUGGAAGAAGUGCCCGAUCAGCUAAGGGAUGCUGUCACUGCCAUGUUCAGCAAGGUCGAUCCCCGUAUUGGUCAACUGUUGGAGGCCAAGGCUAAGAAUAGUUCGCGUCUUUAG